AUGCUUCCAAAAUUGAUUAAGAUUAGAUCUAGUUUCUCUCUUUUAAACUUCAAUGUCAUUUCUAAUUUACCAGCAGAGGUAGAGGAAUUGAGAUCACAUGUGACAAAAUUCGCAAAAGAUGAAGUAGCCCCAUUAGCAGAGAAAGCAGAUGAUGAAGGUAAAUUUCCACCACAUUUAUGGAGAAAGAUGGGAGAUUUAGGAUUAUUGGGAGCAACAGUAGAUGGUAAAUAUAAAUAAGUAUGAUUAAAUAUAGCUGCUUAUGGAGGAUCAGGUUUAUCAUAUUCUGCACAUUGUAUGAUAUUAGAGGAGUUAAGUAGAGCAUCAGGUGGGAUUGGAUUGAGUUAUUCAGCUCAUAGUGCUUUAAAUGUUGCUUAACUUUAAAGACAUGGAAAUGAAGCAUAGAAAAAGAAAUAUUUACCAAAAUUAUGUUCAGGUGAAUGGGUAGGAGCUUUAGCAAUGAGUGAACCUAAUGCUGGAUCUGAUGUUGUAUCUAUGAAGACUACAGCUAAAAAAGUUGGAGAUAAAUAUAUAUUAAAUGGAAGUAAGAUGUGGAUUACAAAUGGACCUGUUGCAGAUGUAAUAGUAGUUUAUGCUAAAACUGAACCUGAAAAGAAAUAACAUGGAAUCACUGCCUUUAUUGUUGAAUCAGGGAUGAAAGGAUUUUCAAGAGGGAAAAAAUUAGAUAAAAUUGGAAUGAAGUCUUCUGAUACAGGACCUAUUUAUUUUGAUAAUGUAGAAGUACCUGCAGAAAAUGUACUUGGAGAAGUCAAUAAAGGAGUUUAUGUAUUAAUGAGUGGAUUAGAUUAUGAAAGAUUAGUUUUAGCUGCUGGUCCUGUUGGAUUAAUGCAAGCUGCUUUUGAUAUUUCUAGAGAUUAUUGUAAUACAAGAUAAUAAUUUGGAAAACCAAUUGGUCAAUUUUAAUUAAUGUAAGGUAAGUUAGCUGAAAUGUACACUACUUUAUAAGCUAGUAGAGCCAUGCUUUAUUCAGUUGCUCGUGCUGUUGAUCAAGGAAAUAUUACUAAUACAGUAAUAUUAAUUUAUUUAUAUUUUUAGGAUUGUGCAGCAUUAAUUUAUUAUACUUCUGUUAAUGCCACUUAAGUUGGAUUAGAAGCUAUUCAAUGUUUAGGAGGUAAUGGAUAUACUAAAGAAUAUCCUGUUGGAAGAAUUAUGAAUGAUGCUAAACUUUAUGAAAUUGGAGCAGGAACUACUGAAAUUAGAAAAUGGUUAAUUGGUAGAUAAUUGACUUAAUGAAGAUUAUCC